ACAAACAAGAAUGAAUGUGGACCAAUGACAGAGGAGAAAAGGCGGAGACUGCGUGUUUGUGUGUGGGUGUGAGUGAGUGAGUGAGUGGGUGAGCGUCACAGAGCGUGAAUGGUGUUCUUCUGUUCACAGGAAACAAACACCAGGUUUCCACAGGAUGCAUAAAACAUGCGCUCCCACGUCCGUCCCGUCGGCCUCCAAAGACCGGACCUUGGACCUGAGCUUGUCGGGUUCCCAGCUCUCGGUGUCCAAGAGACCGAGCGCCGCGGCGUCACCCGGGAAGUGCCUGUCCCGGUCCGUGUCGGUGUCAGUCGCCGGGGACAGAAGCAAACGCAAGACCGCGAAUGACGCCGGCGUCGCUGGCUCUCGCUCCAUCAAGAACCUGAGGAGGUCCAGCAGCACCACACAGGUCCAUCAGCAAGCCAACGUCAGUCUGAGUCAGGACAAGAGCGAAGAACACGUCGUCGGCCUUUUUGAGAGCACGUCAGACGGAGGCAAGAGAGCGUCGUGUCACAGAAGAGCCUCGCCGGACAGAACCACGUGGAAUAUUCUGGACGACCAGCCCAGGUCGAGCCCCCGCAGCCUGAGGACGAGAGAGCCCGCCGUCGCUCUGGCCGCCACCUUCACCGCCAACAACAGGAGCAACAAGGCGGCCGUGGGGAACUCUGUCACCACCAUCUUACACAACAACUACUCGGAGACACCGCUCACACCCAAGAGCUCCAACCAGAAGCCGUCCUUCAAUAAUAACCUCCUCAAAGCCAACGACGACGACGACGGCGCCGUCACCAAGUACCAGAAGAACUUCUCCUCGCCGCUGUCCACGUCCCACGCCGGGUCUGUGCGGCCGCCCCAGAGGCCAGAGGUCACGGAGGAGGAGGCGGAGAGGUCAGACGUGUUUGUUCAGCAGGUGAGCGGCGCCGCCGUCACCAUCCAGCGCUGGUACAGACGCCGCGUCGGCACUCGCCAAACACACCGCGCCGCACUCGAACGCAUCGUCACGAGUCAGAGGAAGGAGUGGGAGGGGCGAACAGAGGAGGCUGGGCGGAGCUUAGAGCGGCGAGAGAUUCGUAAAGAGAAAGCUGUUUUGGCGAGGAUCACUGCGAUCCAGGAGCUGCAGCAGAGACAGAUCCAGCAUGAGCCUGAGAUCCGCCUGAAGCAGCCUGGCGCGGACAAACCCACGAUUGCCACAAGCGACUGCAGUCCAGAGUCUCUGACGCUCAAAGCCACCAACACUGAGUCUGACUCCAGGGGGCGGAGUUUCAGAGCAACUUCUCCUGAUCUGUCUGAUCUCAGAGGCUCUCAGUGUUCACAGGAGCUGCAGCAGGAGAGACUGAGGCAGGCUGGUGUGAGCGGGUGCAUGAAGCCACCACAGGUUUCUCCAACAGACGUGAAAAGCAAGAACACAGAACCCGCCGUGAACAGAGCCGUCUCCCCGUCAGCGUCGUCUCAUCACAGAGCUUCUCCGUGUUCCCGGGAGGCGCUGCAGAGGUCAGUGAGCAUGCAGCAGCAGCAGGAGGCGGAGUCCUCUAAAACCACCCUCCACGAGCUGCUGGACACACUGAAGCUGUUAGAGGAGGAGCCAGAGAGGCUGAAGCCAAAGAGCGACAGCAGGGAGAAGUACGCGUGGAUCGACGAGAGCGAAGACUCCAACUCUCUGACCACGGACAACCUGGAGCGCCACGGGCAGCAGCUGAGAAGCCACCCUGCACUGCCAGACGGGGGCGCCCUGCUCUCCGAGGCCAAACUCCAAAGCAUCAUGAGCUUCCUCAACGAGAUGGAGAAGUCUGAGCAGGAGAGGCCGCGCUCCGCGACCUCAGGGUCGCACAGAGAGGUCGGCGUUCAGCGAUCAACGAUGAUGUCAUCGCACUCGUCCUGUUCUAACACACCUGUGCGUCACCAGGCGGCGCUGUCCGAGGACGAGCCGGCGUCGGCCACGGCGGCUGAAGUCACCGGCUCCAUGAUGAGAAUCAAGCUGGAGCUGGAAGAGAAGAAGCGGACGGUCAACAUGCUGCAGGCUGCACUGGUUCAGCAGAGAGAGCUGACGAUGAGACACGUGAAGGAGACGGAGAACGAGCUCAAGAGAAACCUGGAGCUGCAGAAGGAACAGUAUGAAGCCACCGUCCAGAGACACCUGACGUUCAUCGACCAGCUGAUCUCUGAUAAGAAGGCUCUGAGCGAGCGCUGUGAGGGAGUGCUGGGCGAGCUGAAGCAGGUGGAUCACAAGUACAUGAAGAAGAUGAAGCAGAUGCAGGAGCAGCAUGAAGUGGUGUGGCACGUUCUGGUCCCCCUGUGUGAGGAGAUCAAGAAGCUGAAGGAGCUCAUGUGCGUCACCGAGAAAAUCCGCCGGGAGAAAUGGAUCGACGAGAAGACGAAGAAGAUCAAAGAGAUCACAGUCAAAGGUCUGGAGCCAGAGAUCCAGAAGCUGAUCUCCAAACACAAACAGGAGCUGAAGAAGCUGCGCUCGCUCCACGAGGCCGAGCUGCUACAGGCGGACGAGCGCGCGACGCAACGCUACGUCCACCAGUGUGAGGCGCUGCGCUCGCAGCUGGAGACGGAGAAAGACGAGCAGUGUCAGAGAGAGAGGGCGCUCGCCAAGCAGAGAUAUGAGAAGCAGCUUCAGGAGGAGGAGCUCGCCCUCCAGCAGCAGAGGAGGCGUCUCUUCACUGAGGUGGCAGAGGAGAAAGAGAGGCUGGCCCAGCUGGCUGCACGACAGCGAGCGGAGCUGGAGGAUCUGCGACAGCAGCUGGAGGAGAACACGUCUGUGUCCAGACGAGCGCUCGCACAAGAGUUAGACAGAAGCCGAGAGGAGCAGGAGAGGAGACACCAGGUGGAGGUGAAGGCUCUGCAGGAACGUCUGGAGAUCCAAAAACAAACGUGGGAAGAAAAGCACAAGAAAAAAGAGGAGGCGUGGCUUCUGCGGCGAGAGUGCGAACUCAAAGACGAACUACGGCGAGAGCGCGACAAAGAGAUUGAGCUCGCCAUCUGGACGCUGGAGGAGGAGACGACCAAGGACAAGGAGGCGUGUGAGAGAGCAGCAGACAACAGGGUGAAACGCGUCAGGGACAAAUACGAGGCGGAGCUACAGGAGCUGCAGCGCUCCGAGAGAGAAGCCGUGGAGAAGCAGCAGGAGCUGAGGAGGCAGCAGGUUGAGGCGGAGGGAGCCAUGAUCUCACUUCAGGCCCAACUCAGACACAGACAGCAGGAGGUGGACGACCUCACGCAGAGCAGGGACAGGAUGGUGAGCGAGCGCCGCGCUCUGGCCGACGUCAUACGGCAGGAGUUUGCUGAGCGACUGCUGGCGACGGAGGAGGAGAACCGUCGCAUGAAGGCGGAGGUGUCGGAGGUCAGGGCCCGGCUGCGUGUGGAGGUGGAGCGGGUCACCAAGGAGAAGGAGGAGGAGCUGGCUGAAGUCCACCAACGAGUGAAGUCGGCCAUCUUGAAGAAGGAGGAGACUGUGAGUAAUCUGCGGCGUCAGUAUGAGGCUGCUGUGAAGAGAGCAGACCACCUGGAGGCGCUGUGGGAGCAGCAGAGGAAGCAGCUGCUGGAGAAGUGACUGACAGGAAGCCACGCCCCCCUCACCCCCUCACCCCCCCUCCAGGCUGUAACCAGUGUCACUCUACCCUCAUGUGACUCUUUUUCCUGUUGGACGUCGUUUUCUGCCGACAAGACUGAACGUGUGGAUCUGACGAGGGUGAACUGUGAACGAGUGAACACCACCGCCCCUCCCCCUCCCUCCCCCCCUCCUGGAAACUUAAAUUCCUUAGAGCUGGUGAAGAUCGUACCCCCUCCCCCACAGAGAGCAGUUCCAGAUGUUUCUGAGCACUGUUCUCAGGGAGGUCAGAUGUUUCGGAGGGAGCCGAGUCCAGGUAUGCAUCACAGUCUGUGUCCAUGCUGUGACCACGAGGAAAGGUCAAAGGUCACGUGACCCUGGCCGCACACUGGGCGUGUUUCUCCUGCAUCAGGAUCAAAAAAAACAAAUCACUUCUAGUUGAAGGUGAAUGUGAGUCAGAAAAUCGCCAACAUACAGUGCUGGUGAUUUAUUAACACGUGCUUUUGUUUUGUUACAAUGUUUGAACCACACCUGUGUCUGUGUGUGUGUGUGUGUGUGUGUGUGUGUGUGAGUGAGUGAGUGUGCGUGCGUGCGUGCGUGCGUGUGUGUGUGUGUGUAAAUCCAGUGAGUGUGAGAGUGAAUGCUGGUUUUGUGUCUCUCUGUGACGGACAGGUGACCUGUGACCCCGCCCCCUUUCACCCUACGUCAGCUGGGAUUGGCUGCAGCUCCCUGCGACAUAACCCCCCCCCCCCCCCGCGUAGGAUGAAGAGAUAGAAAACGGUGAUGAGGAGAAGUCAGAGAGGAAAUAAUAAAAAGCGCUGCCUCAGUGUUUGUCUGUGGGUUUUCUGCGGAGUCAUGAGAAACUGAGAGGUUUGUGAGAGAGAGCAACGUUAGAGAUUAAGGAAGUGAAUGAGAGAAGAAGGAAAUGUUGAUUAUUGAUGUGUGACGAGAGGGGGAGGGGAGAGGGGAGAGGGAAGGACAGGAGGGAAGGACAGGAAGGGAAGGACAGGAGGGAAGGACGCUCACAAGCUUUCAUUCUUUAGGUUUCACACAAAAACCUGCGAGGACUUUUCUCUCAUUGUUCUCGUCCUCGCCGUGAAUACAGUGACACGGAAACACCCAGGCUCUGUGGGUUAGAUUUCAUCUGUCUGUGUGUGUCUGUGAGUGUGUGUGUGUCUGUGUGUCUGUGUGUGUGUCUGUGAGUGUCUGUCUGUGUGCGUGUGUCUGUGUGUGUGUGUCUGUGAGUGUGUCUGUGAGUGUGUCU